AUGACCCAUACAGUAUCAGAGAUUACGGAUUUGCGGGUCUAUCCCAUCAAGUCUUGCCGGGGAAUCAGCGUCAAAUCAGCCCAAUUGACAAGGCAAGGUUUGGAACUAGACAGAAGAUGGAUGUUCAUCGACAGCAAGCAUAAAUUCGUCACCAUUCGGUCGAAGCCUCAAAUGACCUUGAUCAACACAGCCAUCGACUAUGAAUCGGAUAGCCUUGUCGUCACCAUUGGCCACGAUCCCGACAAGCAAGUAAGAGUGCCUAUCCACCCUGACCAGGCAUGGCUUGACGCAAACACCAAAGAAGUCACCGUUGACAUCUGGGAGUACAUUACAGAUGGUUAUGCAUACAACGAUCCGAAGAUCAAGUCUCUCUUCUCUGACUUUUUUGGGGAGGAAGUGGGCUUUGUCAUGAAAGGUCCUGAACCACGAAUAUGCAGUGGAAAUGGCGACCCCAAAGUACUGGGACGUCAGGAAACUGUCAAUUUCCCCGAUGUACUGCCUAUCCAGAUCGCGUCUGAAUCUUCGCUGGCAGAGUUGAACUCGAGGCUCAAGGAAAAAGGAGAAUCUCCAAUCACCAUCGAACGCUUUCGGCCAAAUAUCAUCAUCAAAGGAGGCGAGCCAUGGUCGGAGGAUUCGUGGAAAACAGUUCGCAUUAAUGGAGAUUCAUCCUUAUUCACCACACUUACCGGCGGUAAUCGAGGUGCCAUAGACAUUGAUGUUGUCGCAAGAUGUGCUCGCUGCACAGUACCCAAUGUCAAUCCUGAUACAGCCGAGAAGAACGCACACCAACCUUGGGACCUGCUUGUCAGUUAUCGCCGGGUUGACGAAGGCAUCAAAUUCAAGCCGUGUUUUGGCAUGCUUUGUUGUCCUAGAAAUGAGGGCCAUGUUGAGAUCGGGAUGCGAUUCGAAGUAAUGGAUGAGACACAGGAUCAUAUAUACAUCAAGGGUUUUUGA